UCGGCAAGAGAGAACGCGUCCCUGCCGCACCGCACACAGAACAGACACAGUCUCGACACAUAGAAUAAUGAAGACCUAACGCACACAACGACGGGAAAUAUACCACAUGUUUUCAUUGCUGGACAUUCUGGUCCCUCCGCUCGCUGUGGUGGUUUGCAUCUUGCACUGAGGAACAUUCAUUCGAGAAAAGAAAACUCUAGGAAGAGGCGAAAUUAGAGUGGGCAGACUGGAAAAGAAACGUAUCUGUAGACGGAUUAUUUCUCGUAUGCUGCUGUCAUUCUGGAUGUAACUCGCGACUAUUCUAAUAGCCUACAAUUGGAGAGACCGAGUUCAAAGACUACAUGCAAAUAUGAUGUUAAGGCUGUGAAUAUCCUGCAUCUGAGAAAUCAGACCACUGAGGCUGCCAAAGCAUGCUGGUGCCAAGCUGUCCCAUGAUGCACAUAGCCAGACCCGUGCUGCUCGUCCUGGGUCUUCUCCUCCUCCUCGCCAACGCCGAAACACCACCAAAGUUUUUAAGAACCCCCAAUGACCAAACAGGCGUGCAAGGAGGGGUGGCGUCCUUCAUUUGCCAAGCGACGGGAGACCCACGCCCCAAGAUCGUUUGGAACAAGAAGGGGAAGAAAGUCAGCAACCAGAGAUUUGAGGUGAUUGAGUUCGAUGACGGCUCUGGCUCGGUGUUGAGAAUUCAGCCCUUGCGUACGCCCAGAGACGAAGCCAUAUACGAGUGCGUCGCCUCCAACACUGUUGGAGAGCUGAGUGCAACUACGAGACUCACUGUUUUACGUGAGGACCAACUGCCUGCUGGUUUCCCCACCAUUGACAUGGGCCCCCAGUUGAAAGUGGUAGAGCGAACUCGCACGGCCACCAUGCUCUGUGCCGCCAGCGGCAACCCUGACCCAGAUAUCUCCUGGUUCAAAGAUUUCCUGCCCGUCAACACCACCAACAACAAUGGACGCAUCAAGCAGCUCAGAUCAGGGGCCCUCCAGAUUGAGCAGAGCGAAGAGUCCGACCAGGGGAAGUAUGAGUGCGUCGCCACUAACAACGAUGGAACCCGCUAUUCUGCCCCCGCCAAUCUAUAUGUUAGAGUGCGCCGGGUACCCCCGCGGUUCUCCAUCCCGCCCACGGACAACGAGAUCAUGCCUGGAGGCAGUGUCAACAUCACCUGUGUGGCGGUGGGCUCCCCUAUGCCCUACGUCAAAUGGAUGCUGGGUGCCGAAGACCUGACGCCCGAGGACGACAUGCCCAUUGGACGAAACGUUUUGGAGCUCACUGACGUCCGCCAGUCGAACAACUAUACCUGCGUGGCCAUGUCCACUCUGGGGGUCAUCGAGGCGGUAGCGCAGAUCACAGUGAAAGCAUUGCCCAAGCCUCCCGGCAUUCCCGUGGUGACGGAGCGCACGGCCACGAGCAUCACGCUGACCUGGGACUCAGGCAACCCUGAGCCUGUCUCCUACUACAUCAUCCAGCACAAGUCCAAGUUUUCAGAGGACACAUACAAGGAGAUCGACGGCGUGGCCACCACUCGCUACAGCGUGGGCGGCCUCAGUCCUUACUCGGACUAUGAGUUCCGGGUGCUGGCGGUGAACAACAUCGGGCGUGGGCCACCCAGCGAGGACAUCGAGGCCAAGACGGCUGAGCAAGCACCCAGCACGGCGCCCAGGCAGGUCAGGGGUCGUAUGCUCAGCUCCACCACGGCUAUUAUCCACUGGGACGAACCAGAGGAGGCCAACGGGCAAAUUAUGGGCUACCGUGUCUACUACACCAUGGACUCUGCGCAGCAAGUCAACACAUGGGAGAAGCAGAUAGUGCGUGGAUCAAACUUCCUCACCAUUCAGGGCCUCAUCCCCAACAAGACCUAUUACAUUAAGGUCCUGGCCUACACGUCUGUGGGUGAUGGACCUCUCUCUGCAGAUCUCCAGAUCAUAGCCAAGACGGGAGUCCCUUCUCAACCGACCGACUUCAAAGGGGAAGCCAAAUCUGAAACAAGCAUACUACUAUCGUGGAUAGCCCCAGCACAGACCGGACAAGACAAUCAAAUCAUGGGAUAUGAACUUCUGUACAAGAAGGGGGAUGACAAGGAGGAGAAACGCAUCAGCUUUGAGCCUACCACCACGUACCUUCUGAAGGACUUGAAGCCCUUCACUACUUAUACUUUCCAGCUAGCCGCGCGCAGUAAGCACGGUAUCGGGGCCUACACCAAUGAGAUCUCAGCAGAAACCCCUCAAACACAGCCCUCAGCUCCACCUCAGGAUAUCAAGUGCUCUAGCCCCAGCUCCACCAAUAUCCUGGUAAGUUGGCGGCCUCCUCCUACGGACUUACAGAAUGGGAUCAUAGUUAAGUAUGCCGUCCAAUACGCCGCCACUGAAGGGGAGGACACCACCACACGAAAAAUAUCCGACAUCCCUCCAGAAAGCUCCCAGUACCUCUUGGAACACUUGGAAAAAUGGACGGAAUACCGUGUGACAGUGACUGCUCACACAGAUGUGGGUGAAGGACCUGAAAGCUUACCACAACUCAUCCGCACCGAGGAGGAUGUUCCCAGCGGCCCGCCUCGUAAAGUCGAGGUGGAGACUGUCAACUCUACGUCAAUAAAAGUAAUCUGGCGCUCGCCGAUGCCCACCAAGCAGCACGGGCAGAUCCGAGGGUACCAGGUGCACUAUGUCAGGAUGGUUAAUGGGGAGCCCAUGGGACAGCCAGCCAUCAAGGACAUCUUGAUUGACGAUGCGCAGUGGGAAUAUGAUGAUUCAACUGAACAUGAAAUGGUCAUCACAGAGCUGCAGGCUGAGACUAUGUACUCAGUUGCUGUGGCAGCCUACACGACAAAGGGAGACGGAGCUCGCAGCAAGGCCAAGCUGAUCACCACCACUGGCGCAGUACCUGAAAAACCACGACUCAUGGUCAGCCCCACCAAUAUGGGUACUGCCCUCCUCCAAUGGCACCCCCCGGCUUUAACCCACGGCCCCCUGCAGGGCUACCGCCUCCGCUUCGGCCGCAAAGAUGUCGACCCUCUGACCAUCAUUGAGUUCCCAGAGCGUGAGAACCACUACACCACCAAAGAGAUCCACAAGGGGGCAUCAUACACCUUCCGCCUGUCCACCCGUAACAAGGUGGGCUUCGGCGAGGAGACGGUCAAAGAAAUCAGCACACCUGAAGAUAUGCCUAGCGGCUUCCCACAAAGCAUUGUAGCCGAGGGCGGCACUACUACCACCAUUCAGGUGAGCUGGAAUCCACUGUUACUGGCGGAGCGCAACGGCGUUAUCGUGAAGUAUGCCCUGCAGUACAAGGACAUCAACAGCCCUCAGAGCCCCUCGGAACACUUCAUCACCGCCCCGGAGUCCACCAUCACCCUUGACAGCCUCAAGGCAGACACCACUUACGAUAUCAAAAUGUGUGCCUUCACCAGCAAAGGCUCCGGCCCCUAUAGCCCCAGUGUCCAGUUCAGGACACAGCCCUUGGAUCAAGCAGUGUUUGCAAAAAAUUUUCAUGUGAAAGCUGCCAUGAAGACAGCUGUGCUCCUCACCUGGGAGAUCCCAGACAACUAUAAUGCAGCUCAGCCCUUCACAAUCCUUUAUGAUGACGGCCAGAGCGUGGAGGUGGACGGCAAGCUCACUCAGAAGCUGAUCACGGGUCUGCAGCCCGAGACACAGUACUCCUUCCUGCUAACCAACCGGGGCAACAGCGCUGGCGGUCUCCAGCACCGCGUCUCCACCAUGACCGCCCCUGACAUCCUGCGCACCAAGCCCUACCUGAUUGGCAAGACCAAAUUGGAUGGCAAAGUCACUGUAGAGCUACCCUCAGUCCAGACUUCAGAGAAAGUCAGGGGUUACUACAUAGUGGUGGUGCCUCUGAAGAAACAGCGCACAGGAAAGUUCCACAAACCCUGGGACAGUCCAGAUGAGAUGAACCUAGAAGAGCUGCUGAAAGAGAUUAACCGAACAAGCCGAGGCCUUCGCUUCCGGAGGCAAGCUGAGCCCAAAGCCUACAUCGCUGCCUACUUCAAAGACCUUCCCACCGACUUCACUCUGGGAGACACCAAGAUCUAUGGUGACUUUGAAAACAAGCAGCUCGCCAACGGCCAAGAGUACAUCUUCUUUGUGCUUGCUGUCCUCGAUAUCUCUGAAAAUACCAUGUAUGCCACAAGCCCCUACUCUGACCCUCUUGUGUCAGCUGACCUUGACCCCCAGCCAAUCAUUGACGAGGAGGAGGGACUUAUCUGGGUGGUGGGCCCAGUGCUCGCUGUUGUAUUCAUUAUCUGCAUCGUCAUCGCCAUCCUCCUGUACAAGAGCAGCAAACCAGACAGGAAAAGGGCAGAAUCCGAAGCUAGAAAGGGCAGUCUGCCCAACAGUAAGGAUAUGCUGUCUCAUAACCCCACCGACCCUGUGGAGCUUCGACGCAUGAACUUCCAAACGCCUGGUUCAGGUGACCCUAGUUACCCCAGUAACUUCCAUUUGUCAAGCAUGGCCAACCACCCACCAAUCCCCAUUUUGGACCUGGCCGAUCAUCUGGAGCGAUUGAAAGCCAACGACAACCUGAAGUUUUCACAAGAAUACGAGUCCAUCGACCCCGGGCAGCAGUUCACGUGGGAACACUCCAACCUGGAAGUCAACAAACCAAAGAACAGAUAUGCUAACGUGAUAGCAUACGACCACUCCAGAGUCCUGCUAUCAGCUAUUGACGGUAUCCCUGGAAGUGAUUACAUUAACUCCAACUACAUUGACGGCUACAGGAAGCAGAAUGCGUACAUCGCCACGCAGGGCUCACUGCCUGAGACGUUUGGCGACUUCUGGAGGAUGAUCUGGGAACAGCGGAGUGCCAACAUCGUCAUGAUGACCAAGCUGGAGGAGAGAUCGAGGGUGAAAUGUGACCAGUACUGGCCCACUAGAGGGACGGAGACCUACGGCCUCAUCCAGGUGACACUUUUGGACACGGUGGAGCUGGCCACAUACUGCGUCAGGACAUUUGCACUUUAUAAAAAUGGCUCCAGUGAGAAAAGAGAGGUGAGGCAGUUCCAGUUCACGGCCUGGCCGGACCACGGGGUACCCGAGCACCCCACUCCGUUCCUGGCCUUCCUCAGACGGGUCAAAGCCUGUAACCCCCCAGACGCAGGGCCCAUGGUGGUACACUGCAGUGCCGGGGUGGGCCGCACGGGCUGUUUCAUCGUGAUCGACGCUAUGCUGGAGCGCAUCAAGCACGAGAAGACAGUGGACAUCUACGGCCACGUGACGCUGAUGCGCGCCCAGCGGAACUACAUGGUGCAGACGGAGGACCAGUACGUGUUCAUCCACGACGCGCUCCAGGAAGCCGUCACAUGCGGCACCACUGAAGUGCCCGCCCGAAACCUCUACGCCUACAUCCAGAAGCUGACUGGGAUUGAGGGCGGAGAGAACGUCACGGGCAUGGAGCUGGAGUUCAAGCGUUUAGCCAACACUAAAGCCCAUACCUCGCGAUUCAUCAGUGCCAAUCUCCCCUGCAACAAGUUCAAGAACCGCCUUGUGAACAUAAUGCCAUACGAGUCCACGCGAGUGUGUCUUCAGCCAAUCCGAGGGGUGGAAGGCUCCGACUACAUCAAUGCCAGUUUCAUAGAUGGAUACAGGCAACAGAAAGCCUAUAUUGCCACGCAAGGGCCGCUAGCGGAGACGACAGAGGACUUCUGGAGGAUGCUCUGGGAGCAUAACUCCACCAUCGUAGUCAUGCUAACGAAGCUCCGAGAAAUGGGCAGGGAAAAAUGCCACCAGUAUUGGCCAGCAGAGAGGUCGGCCAGAUACCAGUACUUUGUGGUGGACCCCAUGGCUGAGUACAACAUGCCCCAGUACAUCCUGAGAGAGUUCAAAGUGACUGACGCCAGGGACGGACAGUCACGGACGGUAAGGCAGUUUCAGUUUACAGACUGGCCCGAGCAAGGAGUGCCAAAAUCGGGAGAGGGCUUCAUCGAUUUCAUUGGCCAAGUUCAUAAAACAAAAGAACAGUUUGGCCAAGAUGGGCCUAUAUCUGUCCAUUGUAGUGCUGGUGUAGGUAGGACCGGUGUCUUCAUCACCCUCAGCAUCGUAUUAGAGCGAAUGAGGUACGAGGGCGUGGUGGAUAUCUUCCAGACAGUGAAAAUGCUCCGGACACAGAGACCGGCCAUGGUGCAGACAGAGGAUCAAUACCAGUUCUGUUAUAGAGCUGGUUUGGAAUACCUUGGAAGCUUUGACCACUAUGCAACGUAAGAGUCCCUGUCCCGGAGGAAAAGCAGAAGGCCCUUGGACAACCCCAGCGAGCCUCUCUUCUGAGCCAUAAUUUCCUGCUUGAGAAAGUACUUCUUAACUCCUAACUAAAGACUCAAUUUAGGCCGAGAUUCAAUCAGAUCAAGUGUUAACCGGCGAUAGCAGACACCCGCAUAGCAGAUGUUUUGGCAGUGUUGGAGGUGGAACUGCGUUGGAGCAGUCAAAUCGGUGAGCAGCUGCUCUUGAGAUCCUUGACAUGAAGUCACACCCACCCCACUCGCAUUAGAGCGAGAAAGUGUAGGCCAUAUGGAAUUAAUUACACUCAAAUAGAAAAAUCAUUAAAGGAAAUAAUGAGGGUUUCUAUCAUAAAAAUUGAGGUGUAGAUUUCAUCUCACAUUCCAGUAUUCCAACUUGUAAACAAGGCUGCAUUGGAAUUCUAUUAAUGCGACAACAUGCAGGCCAUGGCAAUACGCACUUUAGGUGUAAUGCCGCGAGCCACCUGUGGAUUUGACAGCUCUAACGCAGUUCCACCUCCAACACCGUCAAAACAACCACUACACGGAUGUCGGCUAAAGCGGAUCUGAUUGAAUAGAGCCCUAAGUGUUAGAUGUGAGACACAAAAAUUUCAAAAAAAACAUAAAGAUUAUUCCUGGAGGACCAAGUGUUUCCCAAAACCCAUGGAACUCAACCUGACACGGGAAACAGAGAGGGAAUCCUGACUGUUGAAGCAUCUUAUGGAAUUAUUUUUUUUCUGUUGCUUCAAGGAUUCGUCUUGGGUUAAAAAAAAAAAUGAAAGAAACACAAACAAAAUAAUAACACAACGUACUAUUACAUCGACAAGUAAUGCAUCAUAUUACGAACCACAAGAGAGAGAAAUGGAGGCACACAGAAUGGCUUAAAACUUGAUGCACAUUGUAAAGAGACAUUUCUGUUCCACAAUCAAACGACACAGAGACAUCUAUCCUUUGAAAAAGAAGACACCAGUGCUUGGUCCACUAUGAAAAAAAUACCCCGUUUCCUGUCGCAACGUUCAUCAUUUAAAGAAUUGGGGGGGAAAGGGGGAAUGUUUAAAGAUAUAUGAAACAAAUAAAACCUAUUGAUUUAGUUUUUUAGUACUUUACUAUACAGUUGAUAUGUGCUUUAUUUUAAACUGUGUGAAAUUUGAUUUCCUUUUUUUAACAAAACGUAUCACUCGACAAAGUGAAUCAAACAAAGUAUUUGCGUAAUCGUUGACUUUUCUCUUCCGAGUUGUAUUUUUUUAAGCUGUAGAGCUGUUCUAAUGUAUGCACCGUCAUGCAGAGAAAAGUCUUUGCUCUUUUACUUUUUCUUGCAAAUUUUGGGGGUUUGUUUGUCUCAAUAUGUGCAGUCCUGUAUUCACACUACCAAAUGUUGACUUUGCUACAGUUUUUUUUUUGUUUUGUCUUAUUUGUCCAAUAUCGGAUACACAAUAACUUACUUACACACUCAUGCGAUAAACUGGGGGCUUUGUGGAAUCAACAGGGAUGAGCAAAGUAUGAAGUUGCUGCUACCGAUUAUCUUAGUUCUUCCAUGUUAGAAUGAAGGUAAAGAUGAGCACCUGAUGGAUAAGAUACGUGAUAUAUACAUAUUUAUGGUAUAUAGAAGAUGACAGAUAUGAAUGAUAUAUUCAUUAUAAUAUGAUCAUGACCUAUAACAUAUGUCUACUGAAAUAAAGUACAUAUAUAAAACGAAUGGAUUGUAUAUGAAAGCGUCCAUAAUGAGAUGUCUAUACUUUGGGGGAAAUUAAAAGAUUUUUCACUGGAAUGCACAUCAGUAGGACAAAACGUAUUCAGUGCAUAUUUUCUUGUGCAAUAAAUAGGUGUAUUAUGAA